CAGCGUGCGGUGGGUGGGGCCUCCGCAGGCGGAGGUGCUGGGAGCCUGGGCAACGGCUGUCAUCGCUCCAGGCCCAGCAGGAGGACGCGCCAACAUCCUUGCUGCUGCACUAGGCCCGGGGUGUGCCGUCUACUCCCACCUCUGGGCCCCCGUUGGGGCUGCCGGGAGCCUGUGGUUGCUCAGCGUUGCACGCCGGCCGGCAGAGCUUCGGACCAGAGCUCUACCCCCUGGAGGGCAGCGGCGUGGGGCCAAGGCCAGCUGGCUGACACACGGAGGCUGCGGCCAUGCUCAGCUGGCCCUGGGGGCUGCUGCUGACCGCGGGCACACUCUGGGCCGCCCUCAGCCCAGGGCCACCAGCGCCCACCGACCCCUGCCAUGAUGAAGGGGGGGGCCCCCGAGGCUGUGUGCCUGGCCUAGUGAAUGCGGCCUUGGGCCGUGAGGUCCUGGCGUCCAGCACAUGUGAGCAGCCACCCACGCAGGCCUGUGACUCCUCUGACGCUCGGCAGGCACACUCUGCUGCCCUCCUGACCUUCACAGGGGGCACCACAAGCCCUGUGUGCUGGCGUUCGGACUGGCUGAUGCAGGCGCCCCUCAACGUGACCCUCACAGUAUCCCUGGGCAAAACUUUUGAGCUGGUGUUUGUGAGCUUACGCUUCUGCUCCACGCCCCCCACCUCAGUGGCCCUACUCAAGUCACAGGACCAUGGCCGAAGCUGGGUGCCACUGGGCUUCUUCUCCUCCUGCUGUGACCUGGACUACGGCCGCCUGCCUGCCCCUGCCAAUGGCCCAGCUGGCCCAGGGCCUGAAGCUUUGUGCUUCCCUGAGCCCCAGACCCAGCCUGAUGGUGGUGGCCUUUUGGCCUUCAGCGUGCAGGACAGCAGCCCGCCAGGCCUGGAUCUGGACAGCAGCCCUGUGCUCCAAGACUGGGUGACCGCUACGGACAUCCAAGUAGUGCUCACAAGACCUGCCGUGCUGGGAGACACCAGGGACUCCGAGGCCAUGGUCCCUUACUCUUACUCAGCCACUGAGCUCCAGGUGGGCGGGCGCUGCAAGUGCAAUGGGCAUGCCUCGCGGUGCUUGCUGGACACCCAGGGCCACCUGAUCUGCGACUGCCAGCAUGGCACCGAGGGCCCCGACUGUGGCCGCUGCAAGCCCUUCUACUGCGACAGGCCGUGGCAGCGGGCCACAGCCCGGGAAGCCCACGCCUGCCUUGCUUGCUCCUGCAAUGGCCAUGCCCGCCGCUGCCGCUUCAACAUGGAGCUAUACCGACUGUCAGGCCGCCGCAGUGGUGGUGUCUGCCUCAACUGCCGGCACAAUACUGCUGGCCGCCACUGCCACUACUGCCGGGAGGGCUUCUAUCGAGACCCAGGCCGUGCACCAAGUGAUCGCCACGCUUGCAGGGCCUGUGACUGUCACCCUGUUGGUGCUGCCGGCAAAACCUGUAACCAGACCACAGGCCAGUGUCCCUGCAAGGAUGGUGUCACUGGCCUCACCUGCAAUCGUUGUGCUCCUGGUUUCCAGCAGAGUCGCUCUCCAGUGGCACCCUGUGUUAAGACCCCUGUCCCUGGACCUACUGAAGAGAGCAGCCCUGUGGAGCCUCAGGACUGUGAUUUGCACUGCAAACCCACUCGUGGCAGCUAUCGCAUCAGCCUGAAGAAGUUCUGCAGGAAAGACUAUGAUGAAUGUUCUAGAUUCAAGAGAAACUGGAAUGAUCUGGCUAUUUACCAAAACUCACUGAAGCAAACCCUUGUGACAUCUCCAGACGCUUACCCAUUGCAGGCAGAAAGGGUAUGGCAUGGCAAAGAGGUUAGCAGAAAAUCCGCUGAGAGGGGGCUGGAGGAUUUAGCUGCUCUUUGCUCCCUCCUGGUAGCCCAGGGCCCUCCUCCCGAGUGGGCCCUCCUCCCAGGUACGCCCUGCAAUAUGGACUCCGAGGGGUACAACUGCUUUGUGGACAGACACAAGAUGAAGAAUGCCAUCCAGGACCUGGGACCCAAGGAACUGAGCUGCACAGAGCUGCAAGACCUGAAGCAGCUGGCACGCCAAGGUUAUUGGGCCCACAGCCACGCUCUGCGUGGGAAGGUGUACCAGCGCCUGAUCCGGGACAUCCCUUGCCGCACUAUCACACCUGAUGCCAGUGUGUACAGUGACAUCGUGGGCAAGAUCGUGGGUAAGCACAGCAGCAGCAGCCUGCCCUUGCCUGAGUUUGUGGACAACACGCAGGUGCCCAGCUACUGCCUGAACACACGGGGUGAGGUUGCUGUUCGGAAGAUUCUGCUGUGCAUUGCCAACCAGUUCCCUGACAUCUCCUUCUGUCCCGCCCUGCCUGCAGUUGUAGCCCUGCUGCUGCACUACAGCAUUGAUGAGGCUGAGUGCUUUGAAAAGGCCUGCCGCAUCUUGGCCUGCAAUGACCCCAGCAAGAAGCUGAUUGACCAGAGCUUUCUGGCCUUUGAGUCUUCCUGCAUGACUUUUGGGGACCUGGUGAACAAGUACUGCCAGGCAGCUCACAAGCUGAUGGUGGCCGUGUCGGAGGAUGUCCUACAGGUCUACGCAGACUGGCAGCGCUGGCUAUUUGGGGAACUGCCCCUCAAUUACUUCGCUCGUGUCUUUGAUGUCUUUCUGGUGGAAGGUUACAAAGUGUUGUACCGCGUUGCACUGGCAAUCCUGAAGUUCUUUCAUAAGGUGAGAGCUGGGCAGCCGUUUGAGUCAGAUAACGUGAAGCAAGACAUCCGUACCUUCGUCAAGGACAUUGCCAAGACAGUGUCUCCUGAAAAGCUGCUGGAGAAAGCAUUUGCCAUCCGCCUCUUCUCUCGAAAGGAGAUUCAGCUCCUGCAGAUGGCCAAUGAGAAAGCUCUGAAGCAGAAGGGCAUCACUGUCAAACAGAAGAGUGUUUCACUUUCUAAAAGGCAAUUUGUGCACCUUGCUGUACAUGCGGAAAACUUCCACUCAGAGAUUGUCAGUGUGAAGGAGAUGAGAGACAUCUGGUCAUGGAUCCCUGAGCGAUUCGCCCUCUGUCAGCCCCUCCUGCUCUUUUCCUCACUGCAGCACGGGUACAACCUGAGCAGGUUGUAUUUCCAGUGCGAAGGACACGAGCCCACCCUCCUGCUCAUUAAGACCACACAAAAGGAGGUGAGCAGGAACCAGAGGGAACCUGGGGUCCUGGUCUCUGAGUUCUGGGGAGUCUGCUGCUCCUGUGCCCCAGGAAGGGUGUGUGGAGCGUACCUGUCAACAGACUGGAGUGAGAGAAAUAAGUUUGGAGGCAAACUGGGCUUCUUUGGAACUGGAGAAUGCUUUGUGUUUAGGUUGCAGCCAGAGGUCCAGCGCUAUGAAUGGGUGGUCAUCAAACACCCAGAGCUGACUAAGCCAGUGUCAUUGGAGGCCACUGCCAGUCCGUCCCUCCUCUCCCAGUCAUCCUCGUCUUCAUCCUCAGACCCUGCUGACCGCCUCUCGCCGUUCCUGGCUACCCGGCACUUCAACUUGCCCUCCAAGACUGAGUGCAUGUUCAUGGCUGGGGGCAAUGACUGCCUCAUCAUAGGUGGAGGGGGCAGCCAGGCUCUCUACAUCGACGGGGACCUGAACCGGGGCCGCACGGGCCACUGCGACACUUUCAACAACCAGCCCCUCUGCAGUGAGAACUUCCUCAUCGCUGCUGUGGAGGCCUGGGGCUUCCAGGACCCUGACAUCCAGUGACAGGCCUGUGCUGACGGUGACCGAGCUGCUGCUGUGGGAUGGGGUGGUGGGGCAGUGGCCGGGCCCUCUCUUCAGGGAGGAGUCAGUGAAUGAAGAUCUCACCACAUGCAUGGGCAGCAUUGGGAUACGGCCGGGGCUCUGAUACUGGGCUGGCAGGGGUGCCAGGGCCUCAGCUGGCCAGGCCUAUGCCUCCGGACCCUGCUAGGAUAUGCUUAGACUUGCCACUGCCUCCACCUUGGACUCACACCCUGGCUCUCUGUGGGCCAUGCUGUGCCCAAGGCUUGGGAGGGACUCCGUCCUACAGUCCCUGUUCAUUUCUUUGUGGUGGGGACUGGACUGGAAAGGCAGCAGGAACCCUGCCAAGUGUGGGUUUAUAGCACCCCCUGCUGGCUUCUGUGCAGGGCCCUGCAGCCUCCUGCCUGGCCUGUUCCUCUGGCUCCCCAGUUGUGUGUUGGUGCUGAGAAGAGACAGGUGCCCUAGGGACUAUUUCUUGGCAGGAGCAUCUGCCUGGAGACUCUAACCCAGUUUUCUCCUUCCCAUGCUGGCCUCCAGGGGCUGCCUCUUGUAUGGUUAACUACAAGGUGAAAGAGGUUGGGAAAGGCAGGACCUGUGCUGAACUCUGGGCUCCUCCCAAGGGAGGGCCAAGGGCCAGUGGGAUGAAGGGCUAGAAAGGACAUCGUAUGUCCUUGUGUUUCUGCAGAGCCUGAAGCUUCUGCUGGGCCUCAUUGUGCUUUCACACCUGGAGAGGCCUCCCAGGAUGGCCGGAGGAGGGCCCUCUGACCUCAAACCAGCCAGCUCCAUUUCCAGGGGCCUGCCUGGAGAAGCCUGGACCGACAGAGCCUUCUCCAAACUUCCUCCUCUCCAGCCAGAGUCUCCUUAGCUCUCCUACAGUCUUUGUUGUGGCCCCAUUUCUCCUCCAUGUCACUGCGAUGUCCUGGUUCCCAGGAUCCCAUCCAGACUCCAGCCUGUUGUGUUUGGCUUAUCUAGUCCUACCCACCUCCACUUCAUUGGGGCUCACAAGUUCAUGUACUAGAUCUGCACCCUCCCCAGGUCCCUGCCCACUUGGCACCUUCAACACAAGCCCCUCUGCAUCCCUCUCACAGCACUGUGGUCAGCUAUAUAGCAUGAUUUUCUUGUGUUGCCACCUCUCCCCUUCUGCCCUGUCCUCCCUGGCUUUACAGUGGACUCAUGCAUAGUAGGUGCCAAGUAAAGAUUAGGCGGGAAAAGCCCUCCUACUCUAUGACCCCCCUCAACUGGUCCUGAAGGCCUGGGCACCCCGGAGGGAAGAGAGGAAAAGCGGACACCCAAGUGGCUGUGCUGCGGCAGCCAGGACCAAGGGUUACUGUCCUUCAGCUAGCCCCCUCAGUGUCCCUGCAUACCACACCCUGCCCAACUGCACACUGGGCUUGCUCUUCCUGUGGAGUAUUUGUCCUCUUUCUAUCCACCUACUCAAAUCUCUUCAGACCACAGUGGGGCUGAAGAAAGGACCAGGAAACUUGCAUGGCUUUGGACAAGCUGGUGAAGCUGUUUGGAACUCAGUUUUCCUCACUGUAAAAUGGGGCCAGUCAUCCCCCUCUGCUGUACCCCAGGACUGUUGAAAGGCUGUGAAAGAAAAGGUGGUGGAUGGCGUAGUUUACCCACCAAAUAGCACUGCUUACCCACCACCUAAGAUCACUACAGCUGUCGCCACUCCCCCUUCCUCUGAGCCCCCGCAGCUCUCACCUGUAUUUUGGUGUUCAUUAAACAUGGUCUUAUUAC